AUGUCAGGAAAUACGCAAAACGAUUCUUUUGAGGAAGCAAGUAACGCAUCUAAUGAAGAAAGCACUAAUGGUACAAAUCAACCAUCACAAGAUUCUUGCCAAUCUGAUGAAAUUUAUUAUCAGUCUAAUGAAUCCGAAACUGAUAAUGAACGUCUUCCUUCUACAAGUUUGGACGAAUGCACGCAAAAAGAUACCCUUGUAACUCCUCUUGUAGAAAGUGUCUCCGAUUCCUCUACAACUGACGAAGAAGUCACUUACGAAAUUCCAAACUUUGCUUCAGAGCGGAAUGACUCUCAUGAAACAACUCAAGAACAGCAGCAAUACGACGAAUGUUUUCAACAAAAUUCCAAUCAACCAAAUUUAAAUGAACAACCGACCAGAAUUGAUCCAAGUUUAUUGAAUUUUGAAAAUAAUGUGACGAUGCAAGCCACCGUUGAUUACGGUCGGCCUUUUACGUCCAUCAGGGAUAAUCCGAUAUCGAAUAAUCAAUCGUCGUAUUGGAACGAGGCGCGUCCUUUACCGUCGUCUCCUUACUAUGGAAUCGCUAGUGGCACAAACACCUUAGGAUACGGACAGCUGAUUGAUGAUCACGUGGUUAACGCAUCUCUGGCGAAUCAAUCCUUUAGAGAGUACAUGGCCAUGACAGAAACGCAAAUGAUAAAAGGGAAGAAAAAGAAAGGUAGAAAAUCAGAAUCUGAAUAUUCCCGCUUGUUUUCUUCUAUACCUUCUCCCACUUUUAUCGAAGGAAUUCGUCAGAAUGAAAUCGUGCAGUGUUCGAAUUGUGGUGUCCACGAUACCCCUGCUUGGAGACGCGAUUUGCAAGGAAUUGCUUUGUUGUGUAACGCCUGUGGUCUUUACUUAAAAAACAAGGGAGUUCAUCGACCAACCGAAAUAGCUCCGGACGGAACCGUCCGGCUCAGACGAACACAACGUCCUGAAUUUGCGUGUCAUAAUUGCGGAACAAAUAAUGCUCCUUAUUGGAGAGGUCCAGAAGGACAAAAACUUUGUCUUUUGGCUGCUAGUGGUUUAACUGCUCCAGCUCCAGCAAUUGAAGAACGUGCCAUUAAUGGAAUUAAUUGUAAAGUCGCGUCAUUAGGACCAAAAACAUGGCAAUUGGGCAAAGACGGUUUCGUCCAAUGGUCCUGCACUGGUUUCAAACAGGGUUUCCAAAAAGCUCCCGCUGAAGAUUUAAUUUUUAUCGAACUCGGUACCGGUACUUCCAAAGACUUCAAAUAUGUUGAUACCAUUGAUGACCGUGCAAAGGUUCGCGAGAAGUCAUUCUCUUGGAAAUUAGAACGUCCAUACAAGCCUGGCAAAAAUUAUAUCAUUAGAUUAAGACAUAAAAAGAAGGGAGACAAAGAUCCAACCGACUUUAAAGCAUAUGAAGCUUUAGAUUGGAAAUAUUCCGAGAAUUUUGAGCUUAAACCUUUUGCCAAAAAGUAA